ACACCACCAUUUUCUAUUUCCUUUCAGCAAAUUUUCAAAUUUCCAUCACCGUUAUCCUCUCAAUCAGUCUGAAGAUGCUUGCAUUCAAGCCUGAAGACCAGUUACAGCUAGUUGAAAGAGAAGAGAUCGACGAUGAAGAAGACUUGUUUGAAGCUAUUGAUAAACUGAUCACUCAUGGAAUCAAUGCUGGGGACGUGAAGAAGCUGCAAGACGCUGGUAUCUACACAUGCAAUGGCUUGAUGAUGCACACAAAGAAGAACUUGACUGGGAUCAAAGGGUUAUCUGAGGCAAAAGUUGAAAAGAUCUGUGAAGCAGCUGAGAAGAUAGUGAACUUCGGCUACAUUACUGGGAGUGAUGCUCUGCUCAAAAGGAAGGCAGUAGUUCGCAUCACAACUGGAAGCCAGGCAUUGGAUGAACUCUUAGGAGGAGGAAUAGAAACUUCAGCAAUAACUGAAGCUUUUGGGGAAUUCAGAUCUGGAAAGACACAACUUGCUCAUACUCUCUGUGUUUCUACUCAGCUUCCGACUAGUAUGAAAGGAGGGAAUGGAAAGGUGGCUUACAUUGAUACUGAGGGAACAUUUCGGCCAGAUCGUGUUGUUCCCAUUGCUGAAAGAUUUGGAAUGGACGCUGGAGCAGUUCUUGACAAUAUCAUUUAUGCUCGCGCAUACACAUAUGAACAUCAAUAUAACCUGCUUCUUGGUCUGGCAGCAAAAAUGGCUGAAGAGCCUUUCAGACUUCUGAUUGUUGACUCUGUGAUUGCUUUAUUUCGAGUGGAUUUCACUGGAAGAGGAGAGCUUGCAGACCGUCAGCAAAAGUUGGCUCAGAUGCUGUCACGAUUGAUAAAGAUAGCUGAGGAAUUUAAUGUUGCUGUUUACAUGACCAAUCAAGUUAUAGCUGAUCCAGGCGGUGGUGUGUUCAUAUCAGAUCCAAAGAAACCAGCAGGAGGUCAUGUCCUUGCUCAUGCAGCAACCAUAAGACUAAUGUUCAGGAAGGGCAAAGGAGAACAGCGUGUCUGCAAGGUGUUCGAUGCACCAAAUCUUCCAGAGUCUGAAGCGAUAUCCUUUUCUUUUAUAUUAGUUUUUCUAUUUAAUCUUACUGAGAUUGUAAUGUAUAGAGACAAGAAGAAAGCUCCACCCAAUACAUCUGUGAUUGCUGCAUCUCUUCUUUCCACUAAGUCGAAAUAGUGCAGUGUUAAACUAGACGGUUGAGUUAUUUAAGUUCCUUGACGAAAAACACGUCUUCCAGAUAACAGCAGGAGGUAUUGCUGAUGCUAAAGACUGAAAACCAACUUGGACUUGCAACAGAGAGCUGCUUAUGUUCUCUACUUUCCUCUUUUGAUGCUUACUUUUGAGGUUAGCUAUAAAUAUAUAAAUUUUGCAUAAAUAAGUUUGUAAGACAAUGUUUUCUUACACUUAUCUUGGUUGCGUGCUGUGUUAUCAGUAAUAUAAUUAGUUUCUUGCUCUUAGAGGAUGACAAUGUCAAGAGUCUUAGUUCACUUGUAUUAUCAUAUACGUUUCACGAAAUGUUGACAUGCAAUAGCAAUAGCAGAAAAAAAUGCUUAUGUUGGCA